ACUUCUCGGUUGAGAUCGGGUUAUCUCGUGAGUUUACGAUCACGCAUGCGCGCUGUUUCCACUAAUCUAUCUUGAAAGCGCCGGGCCGGUAUGUAUGAUAUUCGUAUAUAAACAAUUUUUUUCUUCAAGGGUCAAACAAGUUUACCCUUGUCCGCGGUUACGCCGUAUACUAGUUAAGAAUUCGUAUGAUCAAAUAAAAUAGCACUCAUUUCGCUAUAAAUCCGAUGAAUUGAAACUUUCGUUUUUUCGUGUUGAAUUUUUUGUUUUUGAUCCUGACAAUGUGCUCAUCGUGUUGUGUUACAAUCUCUGUAAUCUCGCUUUGAGCCGUAUACGUUCGCGCGUGACCGUCCGUAAAAUUGAAACUUAAGAUUUUUUUCCCCGUUCUCAUUCAUCGUUGUUUUUUUUCACUGAAUUUGCCCUUGAACUCAUGAAAAAUACGUCGACGAUACUUCUGAACUCACAUUCAAGAAAUUUUUUUUAUUUGUAUUCCGGCACGAUCGCUUUCUUGUUUCCUUUGUGUUCGAUUUUAUCAAUGUACCCGCGUGUACGUGUAGGACGCUGCAACUCACGCGGUGCCUUUGUCUAUAAUAAAGGGCGGUUAAGCAGGCUUUGUCACACCAAUCAGAGGAUGUAAAUCCUCGUGGAAUUAUUUUGGACCACCAACAUUCAUGCGCGAUGGACUUGUAAUUACAUUUAUCAUACUUCCACACAAUGCCAAUUUUGUUCUUUUCUCUGUGUCCACGAGGCUUCAACAAAUCAUAUACUAAUGGAAGCUGAUUUGAAAUGCAGAUAGAUUCAUGAAGCCAUGCCGAAGAUCAUUUCUAAUGGAACCUUGAUAGAAGAGAACACAACAAAAAUGAUGGAAAUGAAAACUGUGCCUAAUGGUAGUCAGAAGAACGUUAUGGCAUUCACGGAAGCAACGACAAUGCAAAAGCUAGGGAAUGGUGUAUCAAAUUGGGAAGAAUUGCUAGCCGGCUAUCAGGAGGCACAAGUGGUUUUGACAGAUUUGAUAUACACCGAUUUAUUGUCGCAGCGGCAGCGCAGGCAAUUGACUCCAAAGAGACGUAGAACGUCAAGUGUCACAUCGCAAAGAACAAAAAAUUAUUUAAAAACUAUAGCCAAAGAAGAUGAGAUGCCAUGGAUGGAGGACUGGACCAGUUCUUCAGCUGAAUCUGGUUCAAAAUGGGGCACUCUAAAAGGUAGUAGAAAAAGGCGAAAAAAAGGGCAAUUAAAAUCAAAAAGGAUAAGAAACUCAAAGGUUAACAGAGUUUCUAUCAAGCAAGAGAAAAUAGAUGUUGCAGUGUCAGUAAAACAAGAAAUUAGUGAAACUGAAAAUGUCACAUUGCCCCAGAAAGGUAGCAACAAGUGCCCUACUAAAUCUCGUGGGAGACCCAGGAAAAAGAGCAUUAAAUUGGAACCCCCUGAAUCACCUUCCAUCAUCUCAAUAAGUAGUACAAGUCUAUGUAAUGCUGUGGAGAUCAAUAAAGAAGCAGAUUUGCGUUUAAAUCCAGUGAACAAUGCUACAAAAAUUGGAACAGGAAAAGAUUUAUUAUUGAAUAUCAUGAACCCAAAAGCACAACGAGAAAACAAUGUAGUCCGCAACAAGGCAAAGGGAAAAAGAAUCAAAAAAAUUAAUGGAAACGAUGGGAUGGGAAAUUUGAAAGACUUUUUCAAAACCUUUCAAGGAGAAGGCAGCUGUAAUCGCAAUAAUAAUGUCUCAACACUAUGUUGCACCCAGAAAAUUAAGAAAGAGCAACUGCAAAACGGAGAUUCAUUCAAUUCCACAAGGUCCUAUAAUCCCGAUUCAUGGGUUCAGACGAUCGAAGAAGUUGCUACUGGUCGCUGUCCUUCACCUCCCAAAGACAGCACUGAAUUGAGCACAGAAGCAUUGAAUUGGCCAAAAAGUACCAAUAAACUGGAAGAAAAUAGUCCUCAUGAUUCACUGGCAUCAAAAACGGGUGAGACAUUAUACGAAGUGUGGAACUUGAGUGGCUGUUCUUCAGAAUCUCUACCGAAUUUCAACAGCGGAAAACGCAAAUUGCCGGAAAUAAUCCAAGAUUCUGUAUUACCCAGAGGUACAAUUGAUAUUCCAUCGGUUAAUCCAAAAUCUUCGUGCGAAAGCGAGCAGCGAAAAAAAGUAAAAACAGAGAUAUCUAAAUCUUCGAGAAAUGACAAAACUCCGAAGAGCGCAACUCGUUUGCUGAGUAACUCACAAGCUACCUCAGCCAACACAUCCGUGAUGAUCAAUCCUGUCAAUUCUCGGAGCGAAAAGCAGAACUCUAUCCAAAAAUCUGUUAAGAUCAAUUGCAAGUCAGGCACUAUGACUCUCUGGUCAAAUCAAUCAAAAAUCCCAUCGGAUUUCGAUAUUAAAGAGCCCACAAUCGAUAAAAGUGAUCACGACAUGAACUGGGACGAUGCCCUCAACAACAAUCAAUCCCAAUCUCCGAUUAACGAUAGCGGAUGUAUUCAAUCCAAUGAUAUAUACGAUUCCUUUUCGAUGCUUGUUCCUUCGCCCCAUUCCAGUACGACUGAUGAAUACAACGCCAUGUCGAAAUUGUUAUCGUCUAUGGAGGAUCCUAGCAGGAUUGAAAUGCCUGUUGACAACCGACCCGACGAUGUACUCAUCAAUAAUAAGAACCUACGAAAUUGUGAAACUCCGAAACUCGAUAACACGAAUCAGAAAAUACAAGAUCGAGCAUACCAAGUUGAAAAAUUGACGAUAAAAAAUUUGGAUAAAUUCAAUCGGAAUAGAAUAAAACCAGUUAAUUCGACUUUCCUCACACAAUCAGAAAAAGUUUCGGACAAAAUUCAAGUGGAAAAUGAUGAAGUUGAUUACGUGAGCGGUAGUUCCGAAAAAUCACGCAAACGGAAGUGGGUCUCAAAUGAAGCGAACUCACAACCGGAUACACGACAAAAUAAGACGAUAGGGAAAAUAAAAUUGGUACGAAAACAUUGGGGAAACCAAAGAAAGUGGGCCCUCGAUAAACUUUCAGAUUUAUCGGAAACUUGUCCGCGUUUAUCAAAGCUCAAAACCACUGAGAAACCUAAAAAACCCUCAUUAACAAGUCCUGCUCUGAAUCCAGUCCAAUUGGACAAGGCGGAUCGAAAUAUCAUCUACAAUUAUCAAAAAUCCGAUUCGCUGGACGAUAUUUUACUAACAGGUGGCAAUAAUGGUACGGACGAGCAAUUGCCAAGCUUCGGUGAAUCUGCCAAUCAAAAUGCCACAAGUUCGAAAUUGUCAAAUACUUUCAGCAACUGCCUUUCCUCAGUGAGGUCGCGUUCAAGCAGUUGUAGUAGCUCAAGCAGUAGUAGUGGAAGCGAUUCAAAUUGUCGAGCAUCUGUUCCGACGACGCUUGAGGAAGUUUUGAAAGAAGAUAAUGAAUCGAAAAAAAUAAAAUCUAUCAAAGAAUUUAAAAUUCCGUUACUCUCAAAGAAAAAUGAAACUAGAACAACGAUAGAGAAAAUAAAGACGACGGAAGCGUCUGCAAAAUUAAAACCGCUAGUAGAAAAAGAUGCGGAAAAUAUUGAUAAAAACAUUGAUCCGGUGACAAUUGAUGCCAAAACUCAAAUUGCAAUAGAAAAAGUUACUCGGUACAUCAGAAGCGAAAGCGUUAAUCCUGUCGUUGAAGUAACCGAAAAUUCCGGAAAUUCGACGGUCCGUAAAUAUGAAACUGACAAAGAUUUCGACGAUGAGCGCGAAAAAUCAUUCGACGAAGAUGAGCUGGUCGAUCAAUUAAUCGACGCCGAGACUUUAGCUCAGAAGGAAAAUACUGCAGGCGGUAUUAGCGAGAAUGAGGACGAAGAGGAUUGUCUCUCUAUUCUUUACACAGCAUCGUUAGCUACAAGCGGACAUGAAAGCAAUGCACCACAACUUAACGAUCUACCGAAAAGUAGUGCGCUGCCCCGUAGCGAUCAACGUCGCCAGCGUCUUGUAAAACCACCGGCUCAGGAGCUCUACACUCAUAUGAAACCAGGAAACAUAGUAAAGUAUGUAACUGAGAACAACCGAGAGUGCGAGGCGAUUUUGGAAGCUCUCAAAGACAAUGCUACGAUAUCGGGAACUACGUUCGGUGACCCAUCCACGAAAACCACACUCAAUUCGGUACCCGAGAAACCACCUGAGAUUGAUAUUUCACUGAAUCACAGAGAUUUAAGAACGACGUUAAACAGUCGCAUGAUUUCGCGAGAUAUACCUGCACAAUUUCGUGGUUACUGCUUCGCGUGGUUAAGAACCGGAAAUUGUAAGAAACUCGCUUGCACAUUCAAACAUUCCCUGGAAACGAGACUGGAAGACAUACAAAAGUAUGACGUUAAGAAUAUCGAAGAAAUCCUUAACUACGCAAUGAACCUAAAUUAUUAUCAUUUCCUCGAGCUCGUACUGAAGAAGGCAAUGAUGAACAUGACAACGUUGAAGAUAAAGUGUUUGUACAGUCAAAUGUACAAAUCAAAGCUCUUAUCGAUUUCACACAUCGAAAACAUCGCCGAAGCUUUGCGGAUUCGAAGUUUAACAUCGGCAGACAUAGUGGCAACGUUGAGCAACUGUCUUGGUCCAGAAGACACGGAUAUCCGAAUGAAGAUCCUAGUGGCAAUGUACAAAAAAGUAGAGCCUGAUAAUUGUUGGAAUGUUUUGGGUUCAUUGAUGUCACAAACAAGGCCGCCAGUAGCGGUGAUCGAGACAGUUAUGGAAGAAACAAUUCGUAAGAAUUGUAAAAAUCAGGCUCAUGCCGUUUAUGAGUACAUUUUGAGACGAUUGCCGGCUCAUAUAGCGUCGGGAAUUCGUCCAGAUAUUUGGGACAAGUUUAACAGAGUCAGAGUUGUCGACACUGUCCCCAAAGUAUCGGUUGCGCCGAUACAAAACGCAGCUCCUGAUGAUGAUUUCGGAAGUGCAUUCCGCACUUCCGAAAUCAAUAAUAUUUCCCCUGAGUCACCCAAGCCCGAGAGAGCACCGACUCCUGUCGAAUGUUUUUCCAUCAAAUCGCCGAGCAUCGAGCCACCGAUUCCUCAAAGAACUUGUCAGUCACUUCGGACACUGUCAAGAGGAAGUCAAUCUCAUUCUCCGUCCAACUUGGAGAAUACGAAUUACCGUUUACAACCGAUAGAUAAAUUACCAACGUCGAAAGGCCCGUAUCAAGACUACCUGUGGAAAUUUCAUUGGGAUCUUCAAGGAAUGCAGGAAGGUUUAAGGCACAAGGAUUACGUACAUGUGAUAAGCAUAUUGAAACAAUACGUGGAUCAUCCUAAUCGAUUGCCUCACAUUGAAGGCUUCUACAACAUUCUUAUAAAAGAGAUAACAUCGACAAAACAUCAUAUGGUUGAAAUAGUUCGGCUCACAGUCCAAUCCGGAUCAUCAGACAAAUUACGUCUUUUCGUGUACGACUUGGGGGUAUACGUUAUCACGAAACUAGCCGACAUCGGAGCGUGGAUACACGCCUACGAGUUGCUUAAAGUUUUCCAAGUAGUUUACGGGGCUUAUAAUACCUGCGCAUUCACUCUCCUCGCUGCCCAAAUAUACAUAGCGAAUCGACGACCUUCGAAGGCACUUGAUUUGCUCGAAAAGAGUCGUAUAGUUUGUACGAACCCAAGAAAAUGGAGACAAUUACGGUGCCAUGGAGACGAUAAAUUCAGAGUCACAGUCUUGGAUUUAUUGCUGCUAUCUCUGUGUGACGGUCACGCGGACAACGCACUCAGACUUUUGGAUUAUAUAUUACGAGACCAAUGCAGCACAUUCGAACCAAUAAAUCUUAUUCCCCAUGUGGAAAGGAUCGCACGACUACUUCUCUUAGAAAAGCGUUCAAAUCUCGUAGUUGAGGUGGCUCGUCUCAUUCUGCAAGCUAAACUGUUUGUCAGCAACACAACAUUCAGAGGCCUUAUUAACCAUGUAUUCCACAUUGACUUGGUACUGGCUAGACAAUUGCAUCAAUACGCAACUUGGUUGGGUGUUUAUAACAGAGCAAAGAUAAAUACCGCCUCGUGCAUCCACAUGAUCGUCAACGUUUAUUGGACGGAAGAAGAAACUUACCUCAUGAUCUCUGCCUUGUUGAACGACCUUCACAUGAAUAUCGGACACGCGAUUGGUCGAUUGAAACCUCGUCAACUGAAUGUUUUCUUGAUUUUGGAGGCUAUACCUACGGAUCAACAUCUUACCACGGAUGUGUCCUCGGAUGGUUUACUAUCAACUGCCGCGAUGAAUAAACGUCGAGCUAAGGUCAAGAAUGUUCUCGACCGUUUCGAUCCGAAAAUUAAAAUGGUUCAAAGAUAUCAAGGUCGAAUUUGUAAAAUUCAGAGUCAAAGUCUCAUCGCUUAUUUGAAAUCGGGACACGAGAUGCUUUAACAGAACCGUUGACGGAGAUCAUUCAUGAUGUCGCUGGACGUAUGCCAAAACGAGUGCAGAAUAGUUAUUUUUUUUAUGUAUAUUUAUGACGGCAUAGACAUUUUUUUAAAUUUAGACGAACAGUAUGGAAAUUCAAUUUUUUUUGAUAAGAUUUUUUCGAUGUUUUGUCGGAUGCAUCGAACCUGGUCCCGCGUUACGAAAACCCGGACAUAGCCAAUGGCCUGAUCAUGGUGAAUUUGGUCUAUCUUUCCUAUAGAUUUUUCGUGUGAUUAUUCUUUGUUCAAUUAAAAAAUAUCUCGUUUAUGAACAAAAUUCUCGAAAUUUGCUGAAUCAUUACGAAUUUAUCUCCGGUACAUUUUUUCUAGGAAACCGAUAAGACCCAUUUUUCGUAAAUAUACCGAUUAGCCAUAUAGUAAUUUUAUACUAUUUUAUCGCAAUCUUAUAACGUAUGAUAACGAUGCGAGGCUGAAGCAUUGUUACAUGCAAUUGAAUACGGUCAUUCAAAUUCUUACCUUAACUACGGUUUUAAGAAAAUAUAUUUCACACGAAACGAU